UGUCAUCUGAAACAUUUCACGACCUCGGAAGGGAUCCCCCCACAGAACCGCCUUGCGCCACCGUCCACCACGUUUCCUUUCGUAGUCGCACCGAACCUAGCUAAUCCGGAUACUGAUGAGUGCAUUGUGUCCAAGCAUUCACUCAGACUUGUUACAGAAAAGCAUCAUUGAUUUCUCUCUUCAUCCCCCAAAAGGAAAAUGUAACACGAGGUUGUAUGUGGUGCCGGGUGGGAUAUCUUUAUCUUAUCGGUGCUUGGUGUUUAGAUGUUACGCAACUACCAAAUCAUUGCAUGUAGGUGGCACAAAGCAUGGAAAUAAAGUUUCUCCCAUUGUUAGUGGUUCAGAUAAAUCUCAAAGAAAACACUUGGGAGGAGACCUUGAAACGAAGUUAGAAGAACUGUUUUCUGAAAUUAAAAGCAUGAUAAGUAUGGGGAAUAAAGGUGAUGCCCUAGAUCUACUUGAAGCAAAUUAUGAAGCUGUGAGAGAAGAAAUGAUUGCAGGAGGCAAAACCAUAGAAGAAGCUGCUACUCUGGACGUCAUAGCCUUGGGUUACAUGGCUAUCGGAGACUUGAAGAUGGUUGAGUCUGUCUUAAAUAUGUUGGACGAGGUUGUACAUGAUUUGAGGGAUGAUGAGCCUCUGCUUGAUUCAAUACUGACGCACAUGGGGAGUAUGUACUCGGCUUUAGGGAGGUUUGAGAAUUCCAUGCUUUUAUACAAGAGAUCCCUUGAAAUUACGGAGAGAAAUCACGGAGUUAAUAGCACUUAUCUUGUUAUGCCAUUAUUGGGGAUGGGCAAGGCUCUUGGUUCUGCUGGUAGAGCGACAAAGGCAAUCGAUAUGUACCAUCGUGCUAUUUCUAUAUUGGAGUCUAAUAUGGGAGCCGAAAGCAAGGAACUAGUGGUACCUUUGAACGCUCUCGGCAAUCUUUUAAUGGAAGAAGGAAAGGCUGAAGAUGCCGGAACCGCUUUCUUGAGAAUCAUAGGCAUUUACACCAAGUUAUAUGGAAAAGAUGACGAAAGAGUCGGAAUGGGCAUGUGCUCUCUAGCCAAUGCAAAAUGUGCAAAAGGAGACGCAGAAGCAGCCAUCGACCUGUACAGGGAUGCUCUUCAGGUGCUGGAGCAUUCAGAAAGUAUGAAUUUAGAUGACAGCAUAUUGGAGAAGACAAGGAUUGACUUAGCAGAGUUGCUUCAUGUAGUAGGAAGAGAAAAGGAAGGCCGACAGCUUCUGGAGGAAUGCUUGUCCAUCACCAAGAAAUACAAAGGAGAAGAAGAUCCUAGUUUUGUCACCCACCUUACAAAUCUGGCAACCUCAUAUUCACGAUCCAAGAAUUACGUGGAAGCUGAGCGCCUCCUGAGAUCGAGUUUACAAAUCUUGAAAAAGACUGUGGGCCCUGAUGAUCCCUCCAUCACCUUUGCAAUGUUACAGCUGGCUGUAACUCUCUAUAACCUGAAGCAGGAUGAAGAAGCCGAGCAAAUGGCGCUUGAGGUGUUGCAGAUUCGUGAGAAAGCAUUUGGAAAUGCCUCUUUACACGUUGGGGAAGCAUUGGAGUGUUUAAUAUGCAUUCAGAAAAGAGUUGGAAGAGAUGAUGGUGAGAUGUUGGAGCUGCUGAAGAGGAAUCUGAGCAUACAAGAAAAAGCAUUUGGGCAUGAAAGUGAACAAGUGAUUGAAACCUUGAAGAAGAUUGUAUUUUACAUGGAGAAACUGGGGAUCAAGGAUCAGAAGUUCCCUUUUCAAAGGAGAUUGUCUUUACUCAGAAAUAAAUUUAAGCAGCAAGUCCAAUAUUAAUGAAUGAAUUUGUUAGACUUGUUGUCUAACAUCUCUCAUUUGAAACAUUGAAGUUGCAUAGUAAGAGGGUGAAAAGGUAAAACCUAUGGAUGUUUUGAUAUACUUUUGAGAAUCAAUGAAAAUAGAGAUUGCAAUUUGCAAGUAUGUUAAACAGGAACCCAAAUAGAAAUCAAGACAUGCAAAGUAAUAGAAACGGCUAUCAAUUGUAUUGAAGGCUCUUUUGAUCUUUUAACCUACAAAAAUGGGGGUUUUUUUUUAAAUGGAAAUUUUAUCAAAAGGUGAAGAUUAUUAUAACUUAAAGGUUGGUCUAAUAAACAAUGCAGAUUCACACAAACAA